ACGGAGAUGGCCCUAUAAAAAAGUGAGCUCGCUUUGUUUCUAGGGUUUAUAUUCUCCUUCUCCUCCUCCCACUCCAUUCAUUUUAUCUCCACUUCUCCCUCACACAUCCCAAGAAAAAACACCCCCCAUCAUGACCGGAAAAGCCAAGCCCAAGAAGCACACAGCCAAGGAGCUCGCCGCCAAGCUCGACGCCGCCACCACCAAUCGCGGCGGCGGCAAAGCCGGAAUCGCCGAUCGCACCGGCUCCACCAAAGGCGGCCACGCCAAGUACGAGUGCCCCCACUGUAAGAUUACUGCACCUGAUGUUAAAUCUAUGCAGAUCCAUCACGAUUCUAAGCACCCCAAGAUUCCUUUUGAUGAUACCAAGAUUAGUAAUCUUCAUGCUGGUGCUCCUGUGGUUGCUGAGACCUCGGCUCCUCGUCCUGGUGUUCGUGGGAGUCUCAAGAAGUGAUGUCGUCUGAUUAUGUUGUGUUUCGUGUUUCGAUAAGAUGUCUGCCUGCUAUGUUUAUGUUUCUGUUUGUGCUAAUAUGUUGGGGGACUUGAUGAUUUGAUCCUAAUUUUAUGUGUGUUGUUGUUGUGAUUCACGCUAUGUUUCGAAUGAAAUAUCGAUCGUGUUCUGUUUA